UUCAGCCAUCUGCCUGAGAUAUGGGAGGGAGCUGGAGAAAGAAGGAGGGGGAGAGACUGCCAGAGAGGAAGAGAAAAGAAAGGAAGAAACACUAGAAAGAAAAAGGAAGGAAACCGGAAUAAAGGGAGAUCAGUUACCAAACCCUUACAGAGCUAGACUGGGGGGGGAGGGGGGAGGAAAAAGGAGCUGUGGAGGUGUGCCCCAGCACGCCUGCUUUGAAGUCUUCAUCACCUUGGUUUAUGGAGAAAAAGAAAAUGGUAACUCAGGGUAACCAGGAGCCAACAACAACUCCUGACGCAAUGGUUCAGCCUUUUACCACCAUCCCGUUUCCACCACCUCCACAGAAUGGAAUCCCCACAGAAUACGGAGUGCCACACACUCAGGACUAUGCCGGCCAGACCAGUGAGCAUAACCUGACACUCUAUGGAAGCACGCAAGCCCACGGCGAACAGAGCAGCAACUCACCCAGCACGCAGAACGGAUCUCUUACGCAGACAGAAGGGGGCGCACAGACAGAUGGCCAGCCAUCACAGACACAAAGUAGUGAGAACUCAGAGAGUAAAUCUACCCCCAAACGGCUGCAUGUCUCUAAUAUUCCUUUCCGCUUCCGGGACCCCGACCUCCGACAGAUGUUUGGGCAGUUUGGCAAAAUCCUAGAUGUAGAAAUAAUCUUUAAUGAACGUGGCUCUAAGGGAUUCGGGUUCGUAACUUUCGAGAAUAGUGCUGAUGCAGACAGGGCCAGGGAGAAAUUACACGGCACCGUGGUAGAGGGCCGUAAAAUCGAGGUGAAUAAUGCUACAGCGCGUGUAAUGACCAAUAAGAAGAUGGUCACACCAUAUGCAAAUGGUUGGAAAUUAAGCCCAGUUGUUGGAGCUGUAUAUGGCCCUGAGUUAUAUGCAGCCUCCAGCUUUCAAGCAGAUGUGUCCCUAGGCAACGAUGCUGCAGUGCCCCUGUCAGGAAGAGGGGGCAUCAACACUUACAUUCCUUUAAUCAGUCUCCCUUUAGUUCCUGGCUUCCCUUACCCAACUGCAGCCACCACGGCGGCCGCUUUCAGAGGAGCCCACCUGAGGGGCAGAGGGCGGACGGUCUACGGUGCAGUUCGAGCGGUACCUCCAACAGCCAUCCCCGCCUACCCAGGUGUGGUUUACCAGGACGGAUUUUACGGUGCUGACCUCUAUGGUGGAUACGCCGCCUACAGAUACGCGCAGCCUGCCACUGCAACCGCAGCCACCGCCGCUGCCGCCGCCGCCGCCGCCUACAGCGACGGCUAUGGCAGGGUGUACACAGCCGACCCCUACCAUGCCCUCGCCCCUGCCGCUAGCUAUGGAGUUGGCGCUGUGGCAAGUUUAUACCGAGGUGGCUACAGCCGAUUUGCCCCCUACUGAAGUGACGUGAGACCCUGCAAAUGGGACAGCCCCCCAGUUCAUGAGGCCUGGCUAUUGCAAUAUUUACUAGUAGAAGAACUCCAUAGCAAGGAGGAAAAACAGACAAACAAAAAACACAAAAAAAAGAAAGAAUACUUUUUUAUACCUCACUAUGUUCUUUGAAUAUGUAUUUUUCCUUUAAAUUUCUGCCUUUAAUUCUUUUGUUCCAAAGAUUGUGCAUUUUUUUCUUUUUUUUUCUUUUUCUUUUUUUAACUGUGGUAAAAAAAAAAAAAAUAAUGCAUUUCCAUGUCUGUAUGUCCGUGCUUAGCUUAUUCUAUCAAUCACGGAAGAGGCAGUUACUGAGGAAGGAGAGACAUUUAGGAGCCAGUAAAUGAUCAGAAAUCAGCAGACAGAAUUACCAAAGUGUGUCUGGUGCUGAGUGUUCAAGCAGGAGUGGAAGACAUCUUUGUGCAACAGGAUAUCCUUCUAGUCUUCUGAGUCUCUGCUCUUUGGCAGGCAGGUCUGAGAUUGGCUGUGGCUGGUAUCCACAUGCUGAUAGGUGAUAGGAAUUUGUGCUUGCAAUGCAGGAGAAUUAAAAAGACACGUUCCUCUCCUCUUCCCUCCUGUCUUCUCCAUUCUUUUCACAAUCAUCUUACACACACAGUCUGAGACAGUUGGCGUGGUUUUGGGAAUUGCAGUAUUAAUGUUUCCAAACGUGCUCUCAGACUGUGGGUAAUAAACACCUCAUUAGGAACCCGAUCUCAGAAUGAACUCUGGAGUAUGAAAAAGAUCAUUCUUUUCUUUCUUGUAAUCCCAGCAUUCCUGCUGGGCAUCUUCCCCUUUAAUUGAACCACACCUUAGCUCAUCUGUCCUUUCAUUAACGUCCUGCUCCCAUGUCCUCAGGAUUCAGGAAUUUAGGGCCCAGGGACAGAAGAAUAAAUAGCCAGUGUCCAGAUUUCUCCAAGGUGUUUGGGCCCAGCUUAAGGGUUAGAAGUACAAAUAAAUUGUUGAGAGCUAUUGAAGAGGUUGAGGAAGUGAAGAGGAAUAUUAGACAUUAUCUGGCAAGUCACUCCAAUAUUCCUGACCUUCCUCUUGCAUCAGAAAACCAAUACAAAGUAUAAAACAUAUAAGAAGACACUGCUAAAAGCUAAAAACAGUCAGUCUGAGGUCAACUGUCCCUGGAAGUUUUGGUAGGUGGGGCAGGUAAGGGCAGGCGAAGGCUCUGCGUACUAGCUCCAAAGCCAUAGGAACUUCCUCCUUCCAGAGCCUUCGUGAGUCGCUUCUCUGCCCACAAGCCACUGCCUGCGUGGCCAUUCUACUCAGCUCAUCAUUGCCCUCUGAAGACACCCAGCUGAGCACCCUGACCACUCGGCACGUGAAACACUAUGGCACCCGAGAUCUGAGCAGGGUUCCUGGGGAGGUCCCCGCCCGUAUUGGAAGGGAGGUCUGAAAUGGCAAGGGGCUAGCGUGUCACCAGGAAGAGGCAUGCGGUGGCCACAGCGGUGGGUCCUGCUGUUGCUACCUGGCUUCCAUUUCAUACUCGUUAUCAAGGUUGGGAGAAAGUGUUUCUCUUCUCGCUGUUCAGCUCUUACUGAUAAAAACAAGGGUCCUGCAGCAUUUCCAAAGCGAAGGUGUUAGAAACAGGGAAGCAUGGUCUGGUUGGCUCCCUGGUCUAGACACAUCGGUACUAGGGUGACCUUUCACCCCAGGGAUAGCUGCUAAAGGGAGUGAUUCCGAGACAUGGAGCUUCUGGUUUGUUAGGGUUUGUUUUGUUUUAACUCCUGCCUCCACAUACGUUCUUGACUGACGACUGAUUCGAGUCCUUGGAUUAAAAUGACUGACAUUUGACAGCAUCAAGCACUCUUUGUAGCCAGCAUGAUGUGCCUGGGAGGGACUGGCCCAUCACCAGUAAUACAGAUCUUCCCUGCCUUCGGAAUCCUCUCUCCUGAGAGCUAGGAGAGAGGCUGACCCUGAAAUCGGGGAGCCAUCCCGGAAGCUAGAGGCCUCGAUGCAAUUCUUACUGACUCUGGGGAGGAAGGCAUAGAGCAGGGGACUCCAGACUGCCUCUCCAUGGCCAUUUUUAAGGGUUCCCCUCCCCAAGCCAAAGUUUGGUUUGUUGCUGUUGAGACAAUUUUUGUUGUAUGUAGAGAAAUCCUUUAGUUAGAGGAGUGGAGCAUGGGGCGUGGGACUUUCACAGUUCUAGGGAAUGGGGGCAGGGAGGAUUUUUUUUUUUUUUUUCCAUUCUUUUGCUUGUGUUCUGAAGGAGAGCUUUUACCGGCUAAAGAAAAGGAAAGAAAUUUCAUGUCAUGUCAAGCAGGGGCCAGCCGUACAACACGGCAAGCCUCUGUUCAGCCGAGACAAGGCUAAAUUCUAAAUGUUCGUAUUGGUAGCGGGAGAGAACUGAGGGAUGAGUUUAAGCAUUUUCUUUCCUCCGAGAGAGCGGAGGACGAUGGGAAGGGGAGAGAAAGCAGCCCCUCCAGCCCUUCGAAGAGGCAGAAGCUUGAGCUCGAGGUGCCCUGUGUGCACCUCAGUUCAGCUGGUCUGGCUGAGGACCCCUAGGCAAGCUCUGCUUCCCCGCUGGCUCCGCUGCAUUUCCAGGGGUGCUUUUAACUCCGCCGCCUCCAGCUCCCUGUUGUCAGAAGGCCCCGUGGAGCUCUUUUAACUCAGGGCCUCCGCUUUUCACAGUCAGCCCUGAGGAUGGGGCUCUCAGCAGCACCCAGGUCGGAGGCUUCCGACCUCCCCCAUCAGCUUUUGAACUUUGAGACUCUGUGCAGCCCACGUGCCCCCAGGCAGGCGCCUGGCUUGCUGCUGCCAGUAUCCCUGACUCUCCCUGGGCCUGCUGUGAGCCAGAGAGGGUGCUGGUGGAGGGUUCUAGGGCGCUGGGGCUGGGCGACAGCACGGGGGUGACUUCAACAGCUUUACAUAGUUCGUGGCGUGGACUUUCUGUCCUAAGCAUCUUCCUCGUAGAAGCCCAUGCCUUUCGGGACACCCCUACUGAAAACCUUUAACAUCCCUCUUUCUGCCCAGAGAGCUGCCCGUAGGUCUUUUUUCCAGAACUCCUGGUGUUACAGAAUUCAACUCCCAUCAGCCCAGCUCCGCUAUUCAUCCCCGUCGGGGCUCUGAGAUUUUACUAGGCCUCCUGUCCUGCCAUCUGGCCGCAGCCACCGCUGAAAUUGAGCUAGUUUUACUUUUCCUUGAAGGGGACUGGGGCUCAGCUGUUAGUUUAAGGGGAGCUAGUGGAGAUAUUUCCAAUAGAAAUCAGUGAUUGCAGCUUUUCCUCAAAAGUGUGACUCCUCAGGAGCUGAACCGCUCGUGUGUAGUUUCGGCCACGCUUUCCUGGCAGCACAGCAGAUGAGCCGGUGAAUCGCCGCCACCGUAACGAGGCGCGUAGCUUCCGAGAUGCAGGAGGUGCAGGGGCGGGAUGGAUGCCACCCCAAGGAUCUGCAAGAAGGGCUUGACAGCCCCCUCCCCCCUAGCAGGGCGAGGCCAAGCGGGGGACUGUCCGCUGGGCGCUGAGCCCUCGCCAGGAGGGAACCCUCUCCUCUCGCCAAGUCUGGCCGCUUCUCUGCUGCUUGCAACCCUCUAGCACAGUAACAUUUGCAGGAUUGCAAAUUUUUCCCCCAGAUAAUAGGAGGAAAGGGACUUUGGGGGGUGGGGAGGGGGUAGUGGUGUUUUAAAAGCAUAAGUUACCUGUUUGCACUGUUUUUAAGAUAGGUUAAAAAAAAAUAGUGGGCAAGGUGAUCAUCAGACGUAAAUUGUGUGUUUUUCUUUUGUCAUGCUCUUGAAGAUGUUUGACCAUUUGUAGUAUACACCAGUGAAACUUGAUUCUCUGUUGCAUAAAACACUUUUUCUUUUUUGGAAAUGUUACUGUCCGAAAGCUUCUUCCCUGCCUUUUCCUUUUCCUGUGUUCUUCCCUCAUCCUUGCUGUGCCCAUCAGCCAGGCCGCGGCCCUCCGGGAGCUGGGGCGCGGGGUAGGCCUUUUCCCAGCGGGGCCGGGGGCGGAAGCCAGCGCGUGCCGUCCGCUUCAGGGCGUGCAGUGGCCUCUUUGCAAGUAAGACAGACCAGGCUGCAGCAGGUUCUCCAACUCCCGGAUCCAGUGCUCUAGGAGCGAGUUGCCGAGGGUGGCGGGACGCCUGGAGCGUUGCAGUUGGCUGUGGUAGCUGAGUUCUUAGCCAUGUUACCGGAACUGUAGCCAGUGACAGUUUACUCAGGAAAACGGUAGAUCACUUCAGCCAUGGUAGUGCUGGUUGGCAGGGAUUGGUAACUGAGAGAACCGCUCAUCAGCCAAAACUCAAACCUUGCCUUUACGGACACCGCCCGCGGGCCCCGGUCCCUGCGGCCGGCGGCUGCCGCGCGCUGGGCGGGCUCAGCUCAUGCUGGCGAGCAGGGGGAGAACGUCGCUUCUCUUCCUCUCCCCACCCUCCGCCCCUGUGGCCAACAGCAGACGCCCAGGGGCCCCACGAGUUUUUGAAUUUUUAGAAAAUGUCUUUUGGUUUGGUUUUCCCGGGGACUGAGGAGCGCUCGAAGCGCCGUCUCUGCCGCCAGGACUCCCAGCUUAGUCGUUUCCUUGUAUUUUUCUGUUCACAGUAUUUUCGUGUGUGUGUGCUUGUUUGGCAGCUCGUUUUGGCUGUAAUAUAUAUCGAGUGAUGAAUUGAUCCUCUUUUUUCCCUAAGGGAUAUGAAUUGUUUUCUUCUUGUGUUUUAAUUCUGCUUGUGAAUAGCUGGAGCAAACCCGGGGCUGACACACGUAAGCUAGGGCUGCAGAGCGACGAGAGCCGGGGGUCCUCGUCCCCCACGGGCCGCCCUCCCCGAGUCUCUGAGCUUGCCAGUCCAAAUCUUUGCAAGGCUAAAGAUGCCACAGAACCUCUCCUCUCCUCCCCACGCCCCUGGCAGGGACGGACCAUCCCUGCGUGCGACGUGCAGUUUCUCUGGCCCCUCCCAUGGCCGUGACAGAACAGGUACCUUUGGGGCAUGGGGGCGUCACAUGGGAUGCUUGUGUAAUUGGCCACCUCGCCUUCUCCCCCCGCCCCCCAGAAUCACUUCCUAGGACGCCCGAGCUGCUUGCCCAGGGUCCUGUCACCCUGCGACCUCCAGAGAAGCACCCCAGGGCUUUGUGACAGUCUCUGACCCCCCCCUUCUCCUUAAGAAUCAUAUUGUAUAGUAGCUUUCAGACCAUACAGUAUUCAUUGGGUUACUCCUAUUAUUAUCAAGUAGCUGGAAUUGUGAAGGUCGGAGUAGUUAGAUCUUUAGCUUUUAUUCCUUAUUUUUUUGUAUUACUAUCCAUGUGUAUAAAUUAUUGAUCAUGUUGCUGGCUUUUAUAAACUCUAAGCGAAGGAGGGGCACUGCCUCUGCCUUUGCAAAUGGUAAUGAAGCACUGUUUUUAAAUAAAAGAGAGAAACACCAGUCUCUGCCUCUGUGUGUUCAUCCCCCU